AUGGAAGGUGUGCUCAUUGACAACACUCUCUCCGUAGAGAUGCAACAGAAAGUGCUAACAAUGCCUGCCAUGUUCGGUCGGCGAUCAACAGCACCAAGACCUCUUUCCGAAGCCACAGUCAUCUUUGAUACAGACGACGAGGACGAUUUCGAUACAUCGUCUCCAGCAAGUUUAGAAUAUGACAGUCACUCCACAACGUCGUCACUAGACGCUCUACCUACACCUCCAGAUACUGCUGGUUUGGGAGGGUUCACGUUUCAUUUUGAUCCAGUCCCAGUGAAGGGCCCUGUAGGACCACAUUUAUUCAGAACAGCUUCCGCGCACAGCUCUCAUGAAGUCCUUGAACUGUCACCUGUCCCGAUCACUAAGCCAGAAGCACGCCGCGUUUCUUCACUACCUGCUGCAGUUGCCCGACUCGAUGAGACACAGGUUCGGAAUUGGUCACCACAGCAGGUAGCCAACUGGAUGUCCGAAGCAGGUUUUGAAUCCUCUGUAGUGGAGAAGUUCCUCAUCCACGACAUCUAUGGGUCCGUACUUCUUGAUCUUCAAUUCGAAGAUCUCAAGGAGAUUGACAUCGAAUCCUUCGGCAAGCGUAGACGUGUUAUGUCUUCGAUACAACAUCUUCGCAACAGCAGCAUGGUACACCCUGAAGAUCAACUUCCUCUGACUGCCUCACCUAUAAAGUCCAGCAAGUCACUAUCUCGAACCACCCGAGCAGACGAAACUUACGUUGUAGCUCAGAAGCGAUCAAGAUCUCGACAUGGUAGACAUAUGCGGGAUAUUAUUACUCCCGCUGAGUCAAUCUCUAUCGUCGCUAUUGAGCAGCUGCUUCCCGAGCCUCAUGUCUGUUCAAAGGGAGAAGACUGUGCAAAACGGCAAAAGCAGCAACGCAAGAUUCAGAAGAUCAAGCAAGACUUUGCAGAGGAAGUCGAGCAGCUGGAUGCAAAGUCAAUCGUCGCUCCUUCAACUGUUGGACCGUCAGUGGCUGCCUCUUCAGAUGUCUUGGGACCAGUAGCUCUUCCUAUUACUCCUGAGAACCUCAACAAUGUCCAGCCUCGAGACCCGCAGGAUCAUGUCCGACAGUAUCUCCAAUUCCAAGGUACUCGAGGACCAAAGGACCUGUCUCCACCCUCAGCUCCGUCAGCGAUAUUUGCAGCCAAAUCUUCCAACCUUCGACAAGAACUACCUCGACUUUGGAUACCGUCUGUGGUACAAGUGAGCGACAGCCCUGAUAGGACACCUAUCUCCGCUCUCCGCAACCCAACUCAGGUUCAAUCGGAUCUGAAAGCUGCACUUCGCAAAGAUCCUUUCCAUUAUGGUGGUGUUGCCUCGCCAGUGGACGUCUAUAGGGUUGCCACGCCUAUGUCAGUCACUGAUUUGCCUGUGACUGCUCUUCCUAUUGAUCCUUGUCAACGCGAGGUCUCUCAGUCAGUUCCACCAGAGAUGAGAUAUGGCGUUCCAUUAGAAAAUACCAUCCUCGAGCCAAUCCGACGAUGCUCUUCCACUCAACCUAGCCGUCGGAGACAACCAUCUUUUCUGCCAGCAAUUGACCCGGUAAUUGAGACGCCACCUAUCACCAGCGAAAUCGACCUUGCGAACCACGAAGGUUGGAUGCGAAAACGAAAGACCACUCGUAUGCUAAGGCACGAGUGGCAAGAUAAUUACUUUCAACUCAACGGCAACAAGCUAGAUAUGUACAACAGUGACGUCAACCAUACUGUUCUCGACACUAUCGACGUAGACGAAUAUGAAGUCCACGCCUACACAAUAACAUCAAACUCCAAGCUCAAGUCAGCAUUUGCUAAGGUCUCUGGAACAGCAACCAAAGAACCUAGCUUUGCCUUUACUCUUGUUCCUGAGGACAACAAGGACAAGAAGUUGUUUGACAAGUCAGGCAAUCACCAUUUUGCUGUUACCUCUAGCAAGGACAGAGUUGAGUGGAUGCGCAAGCUCAUGCUCGCCAAAGCAUUGAAAAAGAACAACGUUACUGCCAUCUAG